AAAUUCAUUUCGCCAUACAUUUCCCAUUAGUACCGUCUCGUCAGCUUUACAACUUCGCCUCCUGAGAGAAAAAAGCAUUUAUCGCAUGCGAGUUUCUCAUCCAACACAAGCGUACAACAAGAUAUGAUUUGUGCAAUCAGCUGAUAAACGCUCACGCUGCAACAGUUUUCUCCGCUCCCAAUGAAUUUACUCACAAAAACAAAAAUGUACCGUUUAUUGCUCACUCUCUGCACCGCGGCGUUGGAUGCGCAUUGAAACAAGUAAAACGCAUUGCGGAAAAUUCCCUGCGUUUCAGCAGUAUACACGAAGCGGUGCGUUAUUUUUCGUGUAAAAUAGCAAAAACAACAAUAAUGGACGAUGAUUGCUACUGCGACAAAGCGUCAAAGGGAGAUUUCAAGUGCGGAGCGGCGCGAGACGAUGAGUAUAUAGCCACGUCGCUUGGCUUUGAGGACGACGACGGCGACUGCGACCACCAACACCAACACCAAUAGUAUUAUGAUGACGACGAAAGCGACGACGGCGACUCUGACGACGACAACAACGAAGACGACACAUGCAAAGGCAAAAUAAUUUCCCAGCAGUUUUCGCGUAGCUUUUCUCUCGUACAAACGUGUUGCGGGUGAAAUGGAAAUCGAAAAUUCAGAAUAUUUUAUUUGAAUUAAAAUUGAAAGUGAACAGUUACACAUUUAAUUAAAUUGUAAAAAAUGUAAAAAAAAUUUAGAAAAAUUAAAAAAAAAUAUUUAAAAACAAAUUGGUGAAAGUUCAAAGAAAAAUUCAAAAAAAAAAAAAUUAAAUAUGUAAAUUUGUGUAAAUAUGUAAUUACAUGCAAGUGUGUACACAUUUUACUUGUUAUUUAGUGGCAGCGAUGUGAAAAGUGUUGUGCUGGCGAAUAAAAUGAAACACGUUGCAGUGAAUAAUGUUAUUUACCGUCGGCGUAUAAAAUGAAAUGACUGCAAAAAAUCCGAAAUAUUUAAGUAAAGUCCGAAAGAAAAAUAUUUUAAAACUGCAAACGAAAACGCAAAAGCAAAAGUGGCGUCUAAGCAAUCGGCAAGUGAAAUCUGAGGUGAACUGAAAUGAAAAGCUCCACGGCACAACCAGAGCAGAUGUGAAAGGAAAUAAAGCAAAAACGCAGUGCAGAAGAGCAUGCAAUCUAAUCAAAAUUUGUAAUUUGUGUUAAGCAAACAAAAAAUUUGUUUUGACUGCGAGCGCGAGCAGCAACAACAAUCAACAACAACAGCAAACGUAACCAACAAAAAUUAAAAAAAAAUAUAUAUAAUAAAUAAAGCAACGAAAUUUUGUGAGAAAUUUGCCUUGCAAAUUAUCGCUGCAAAGUGCUUAAUUGUUAACGGGAAAACACAAUAAGAAUUGUUAAGUGUUUGGAAUUUGUUGACAGCCAAAUUGCAGUUGGCCCGUGCACUAAUUGGCCGCAACGCAUACUCGUAUUUAUUGCCAACUGCAAGUGAAAAUCGCAGAUCGAUUAAAAGUAAAGCCGAGUUAGAAUUUGCUGAAGAAUUUAUGGCUGACAUGGUACGGCUGGUUUGUGUAGUGUGUGUGUGCAUAUUUCGGUGAAUAUUUUGUUAAAACUACGAAACAGAUGCAGUGUAAUCAUAAAUAGUGCUACAUAAUUGAUGUGCUAACAAUUAGUAUAAAUAAAUUAACACACGCAACGUAUAGAAAAAUCAAAAUGAAAUUUGCGUUUGCAGCAACCCACAAAGCUGAAUUAAUCACAAUUAAUUGAAGCACAAAAGUCAAAAUAUUCUACAAAUAAUAAUUCAUUAAUAUCUUUUUAGCAAAAAUAAACCAAAAAAAAACAAAAACAAAAUACUAAAAAAUGCUGCGUUUUCCACCGCCGUUCACGAUUGUUUGCCAACCGCGCGCUAAGCUUACAAAUGCACAUGUCACCGCUAACGACAGCAGCAACACUCGUCAAGCGUUUGACCGCGUGUCAGACGUCAUCGACAUGCGAGCCGCACACAAAUGUCUGGGAUAAAAUUAUGUAUUUGUAAUUAUAUUUAAUGUGAAUUCAAGUAAUGAGUAAUGGGCAAUAAUUGCGAAUACAUUACUACACAACAGCAACAACAAAGCAAGCAGUGACGACAUCGCUCGCAUAUAUUGAGUUGCUCGGUGGGCGGUUUUAGGCGGCGUGGUCGGUCAUUUUACGUCGUGCGUCGGCAAAUUUUCGCAUUUUAUCGUAACUAAUUAAAAUUUGUGCCACGUAAUGUGGCAAGUAGGCGAGAACAGCAAAGCAAAAAGUGUUGAAUAAGUGCCAAAAACUUUGCGAACCAAAAAUCAAAAAAGAAAUAAUUAAAAAAAUUAAAAAAAAAAAAUUAAAAAAAAUAAUAAUUUUGCACAAAUUGCAAUUAUGUGUUUGUUGGCAUAAAAGUGAAAGCGCGAAUUGCGGCAAAUUGCUGCACGAGUUCGCCUAAAAACGAACAGAAAUCAUAAAAAAAUUCCAACGAAGUUCACCAAUAACCAAAAAUGUUAUAAUGAACAAAAAAAAGUAAUUAUUUCAAUUAAUAAUAAUAAAAACUAAAAUAAAUGUGUAACAAUUUUAACUAAUUAACUGUUAAAAGUAGCUAAUUUCAUAUAAAAAAAAUUAUAAAAAAUAAUAAUAAUUUCAAUUAAAUUAUUAAAAAUAGCAAAAACGUUAGAUGAAAGUCAUUUCCACUUUGUUAAAGCCAAAAACAUGUGUUCCAAUUAAUUAUAAGUAGGCGCAAGGCAAACACAAUUCUCAACAACAACAAUAACAACACCCCACCAUCACUAUGGCCGGUCCACAAGUGCAACACUCACACACGCAGCGCCCCAACAGCGCCUACUACAUGGGCCUCAACGGUGGGGGCAGCGGUGGCGGCGGCAUUGCUAGCAAUGGCCAUCACAUCGGCGUCGGCGCGGCGCACACCCACACAACCACAGCAACGAGCCUAAGCACUAGCAGUAGCGUGAACACAGGCUUGCAUGCGCUGCGUCAAAUGUCCAACGACAUGGAGCUAAUAUAUCGCGGCAAUAGCGCCAAUUCCAGCCAUCAUCAAACGCAGUCGACACUGUCAACGCACGUCAUCCAGCAACAGCCGUCAACUGCCGCUGCUGCGGCGGUGGGGACAACAGCGGCAGCCAACAAUAGUGGCAGCCUGGCAGAGAUUGGCGGCGAUGGUGGUGUUGGUGGUCAAAUAGUCAGCAUAGCUGGUCCCGGGCCGAGCGCUAGUGAUGCUUUAAUUGUUCCUUCAAAUGCGGCGUUGAAACGCAGCAAUUUGGCGUCGUCGAAAAAGACACAGCGGCGUAGCGUGGAAAUUGUCGUCGACGCGUCGCAGUUUGGUGUCGUCGCUGACGGUGAUGGCGACGGCGCGGACGCCAAGUCUGGCGAUGAUGUCGAACAGGGGCGACGCAUGUCACGGCAUCGGCGUCGGCCAUUACAUCGUCGCUUUUUCAAUUACCUGCGCAAUUUGUUUCAAGGCAGUGCCGCACAGAAUGAUUCGGAAUUGGAGGAAUUUGAGACGCCCGCACGCUAUCGUCCCGAUUCCUUAAGUGCCCUCAGUCGUACUACGCGCUUCACAGAGGAUGAAAUCAAACGAAUUUAUCGCGGUUUUAAGGCUGAGUGUCCGACGGGUGUCGUCAAAGAGGACACAUUCAAACUUAUCUACUCGCAGUUUUUCCCGCAGGGAGCCAACCCCACCCUGUACGCACACUACGUUUUCAACACACUCGAUCAGGACCACAGCGGCAUUGUUAGCUUUGAGGACUUUGUUCAAGGACUAUCGAUAUUGUCGCGCGGCUCUGUGGAGGAGAAACUACGCUGGACAUUCUCGUUGUACGACAUCAACGGCGACGGCUUCAUAACGAGGGAAGAAAUGACUGAUAUUGUGACUGCCAUUUACGAACUGAUGGGACGCCUACCGGACGAGUGUCCCGAGGAGGAGAAAAUCAAACACAAAGUCGAACACAUAUUCCAGAAAAUGGACAAAAAUCGUGAUGGUGUGGUGACGUUGGACGAGUUUCUGGAGACAUGUCGAAAUGACGAAGCCAUAUCACGGUCAAUGUCCGUCUUCGACUCAGCGUUCUGACCAUAUCCACUGGAGAAACGAGACGAGAGUGCCGGUAAUUACCGGCAACACAAAGCACAAUCGUCGGGAAGGGGCAAGGGGGUUACUGCCGGGGGUACUAAUCAUAGUCGUACACGUAGUAGUCGCAAUAGGCGCAAACAAUCAUCAUCACAACAACGGCAACAGCAAACAGAGCAACAAAUGUCGCAACAGCAAACGACACUGGACGAGCAGACACAGCGCGACAAAUGCAAAAAGCCAAAUAAACGUAAGUCAAGUAAGAAAGUCCUACAAAUACAACUACCAGAUAAAGCACAGCCACAGUCAUCACAGCCAGAAUUACAGCCACACCAGCAGCGCUCAGCCGAUGCACUAAUAAGCCAAACUUCUUCAACCACAAAUUGCGAGAAACCUCAACUGCGCGAAAUCACUGACAAGCGUACACACAGCGCGACCGCAGGCAAUGCGCCUACUUCCAGCAGCGAUGCCUCCACUGCCUCAUGCGACAGCGAUAGCGAAGAAGCGGUCAGCGACAAGCUGGCCUCCAUGUGCCAUCACUGCCUGCGGCCACAAAUCGAGCUACAGUUACGCCAUUUGCGUCCUCAUCAACGUCGGCAAUGGAGUCGUUUGCUGCAGCAGCAGCGCAGCAAGCGGCGUUCGAGUAAAACCCGCAAGGAGGUGAGCUGGAGUGGUGCGCACGGUGAAAACGGCAGCGGGCGACGCGAUGGGCACGACGGUGGCGGAGAUGGUGGUAAUGAGGGCGCAGUUACGGCGGGGUGGCAACGCUAUGGCAGCAACGACUACAUGCUGCCCACGAACACCUAUACGAGCGGUGUGCAUUGGUCGCGACGCGACGUCAGCGCUGCGGUGCGGUAUCGCUGUCCGCAGGUGGGCCCCAAAUCCGCACCCUAUCACUUCCACCAUCCACAACAACUACACAAUGCAUAUCAGUUGCAAUUAUUGCUGCAACAAUGCGAUUAUGUGCCGCCGUCAUACUACCAGCAUCAGCAGCAGCAGCAACAACAACAACAACCAUAUUAUGAGCGGCACGCGGCACUGCAUAAUAGCAAAAUGGACUGCAACAACACCAGCACCGCAGCUGCUUCGACUACUACUACGGCCACAACGGCAACCACUAUAAACAUUGAAUGUGAGUCUCACAUGCAAUUACAAAAACAACACGAUAGAAAUGUAAGAUUGCAGCAAAAUCAAAAUUUAUACGCAACAACAAACAUACAAACUGCCACAUCGAGCGGUUGCAGCGACGCCUGCUGCACCAGCAAUGCCAGCUCAGUGGCGGCGGCCUCGGCGCUAACUGCACCAGCGGGAACCACAGUAGCUUUGCAACCACAGUCCACAACUCACGCUCUAGAUCGCGCCACAAGGGGCACAGUCAGCGACAGUGAGCUACAGUUGCAACAGCACCUGCCCACGUCCGAGUCGCCGUCUUUGGUGAAGGUCCGCGCCUGGUACACAGUGGCCAAACAGGGUGUUUCUUGCUAAUAGUAGUUUCAUUCCUACAUCUCUCGCCUUUGGAACAGCUCAGUAUUUAUGCUAUUACCACUUACUACCUAACUAAUUGUGGUUCGAAUGUGGUUAUUGUUUUGAGUUUUAUGAAAAGAAAUAGUUGUAAUUUAAGUAGGAGGCCGUUCCAAAUUAGCAAGUUACUAUAAGCGCACGAUUUCAUUCUGUACAUAUAAACGUUUAUAUAAUAAGUACAGCUUUGUGGCGUUCCUAAGCACGGUUACGUCGAGCCUGCUGUGUUUCCAAAAUUAUUCAGAUGUUCCGCCAUUCAUUUUUUCUGUCUUUUUUAUGUGUCUUCUUUUAUUAUGCCAUUUUCCUUUAUUUAUGCAACUUUAUUGUUCGAUUCACCAGUCUCACAACAUCAAAGAAUCAAGAAAUACUAUCAGAACACUAUUUAAAAAAUUACUUAAUACUUUUUAUUACAAACACCAUCAUAUAUAUAUAUUGUGUAUUUCCACCCCCAGCUUCGAUAUCGCUAUCUUUAUAAAGAAAGUCAGUGAAGAUAGAUAGAUAGAUAGUAAAAUUGAGGUUUUGAACUGCGAUCUAUGGUCUAUUGUGCGCUCCCCUACAUCACACAUGGUCAUAAAAGUCCAGCAACCUGAACAAUUCCAGGAGCCUGCUGGGAGCGACUGAGGUGAUGUGAUCCCUGUCCAAGUAGAUGGAAUCUAGGGCCUUGAGCCUGCUUCUGCCAAUUGCUGGGCAAUCCCAAAUCUGGUGUUUCCUAUUUCAUGUCGCAGAACUGGCAGUCAGUGGGGAUGUAUCUUCCAUAGCAACCGUACUUUCUAUUAAAAA